UUCAGAUGUUCACAUGAGCAGAGUUCUGUCAAAAAAUUCCUGUCCUGCUUGGUUUUUAUGCUGUGCUGCCCUUCUACCUAUUGGUAUCCUGCAUCUGGCUCUUCUGCUAGAGAUUUAUCAGAGAUGCUGGUUAGUAUUCAAGAAAGCUUCAAGCAAAGGGCCAAAACGACUGGAGAAGUUUUCAGAUGAGCGUGCUGCCUAUUUUAGGUGCUACCACAAGGUCACAGAGCUCAAUAACGUGAAGAAUAUAUUACGACUGCCAAAAAGCACGAAGAAACAUGCUGUAGGCAUUUAUUUUAAUGAUGACACAUCCAAAACUUUUACUUGUGAAUCAGAUUUUCUGGGCAUUUAUACAGAACUCGAGGCGGAUGAGUGGUGCAAAGUGCUGCAGAUGGAAUGCCUAGGAACUCAAAUUAAUGACAUAAGCCUUGGAGAGCCUGACUUGUUGGCAUCUGGUGUAGAAAGGGAGCAGAGUGAGAGAUUCAAUGUGUAUUUAAUGCCAACCCCGAAUUUAGAGGUGCAUGGGGAAUGUACCUUGCAGAUAACAUUUGAGCAUAUCUGUCUUUGGGAUAUCCAGAAUCCCAGAGUAAAACUCAUCUCUUGGCCAUUAAGUGCCCUCCGGCGGUAUGGACGAGACCCAACCUGGUUUACAUUUGAAGCAGGGAGGAUGUGUGACACUGGGGAAGGACUAUUCAUCUUUCAGACAAGAGAUGGGGAGGCGAUCUAUCAGAAGGUUCACUCAGCUGCUUUGGCCAUAGCCGAACAACAUGAGCGCUUAUUACAGAGUGUGAAAAAUUCAGUGGUUUUUUUAUUCUUCUGAAUGUGGGCCAGGAUUUGGAAUCAGAAUCACAGAAACAAAGCUAGAGAGGCUGUUCUCACAGUAAUUCCAGCCAAACUAGAAUGAGGAAAUACAAGAAACUGUGAAAGGAAAAAGAAUCUUACUGUUCUCUUAAGGUGUCAAGCCAAAUUUUGCAGAUUGGAUAAUUGAGCUAAACUUCAAUUAAGCACCCAAGCUAAUAAAUAAUUCAUUGCUGUAGUUUGCAAGGCAUUUUGGAGGAGCUUGAGUCUGCUAUUAUUUAAAACAAAAUUUGAUGCUGUAUAUAUUUUUCACCUAAAAAGGUCCAGUGGUAAAACAUUCACUUGUUUCCAGUCAAUACCAAUAUUUUAAUUUGUAGCUAAUAUUGACACUUCACAGAUAUUGUUACCUAAGUACCUUUCCUAGACUUUCUGCCUUGUAUUCAUUUCCUUAAUCAGCAUCUGUGAUCACCUUGUAGGUUAGGAAUAUGGGGAGGUUUUUACCAAGAAGUCGUUCUUGAAGGCAAGAUUCUUCUGUUGAUACCGUAUUAGCUGGCUCCUUAUAUAUUCACUGUCAUUAUGUCAAUAGGAGAUCCACAUGUGUUGUCAUGACGACAGAAUACAGCAUACCAAACCUAAAUGCAAUUGUAAAAACUCUGCCCCAAGUGCAGCCAUUGGGAUUUUAGCAAUUUCCAAUGCAGCCUUCAAUUUAUUAGGUUAUAUUUGGGUAGUACUUGUCAAGGACACACUUUGCUUUUCUGCCUGCACAAAUGCAUUGACCUGAGGUGCAAAAUCAGUAGCAAAUGUAGUUUUACGCUGUUCUUUCUUUCAAUGCAGUAUCCUCUAUUGAUAUAUAUCUUAGAGCUGCGUUGAUGGCUUUCUGAUGGUUAAAACAAUGUGUUAUGUUCAAGUCUUUAGCAGCAAUGUCAGCUUUUCAUCAAAGGGGGAAUAAAAUAGUGAUAAUUAUUUUGUUUAUUCUGAAUUAGCAAUUAUUUUACUAAUGUAACAAAACCACUCAACAAAACAGAUUACAAAUAGCCUGGCAUGGGAAGCAAGGACUGGCCGCAGUCCGCAAGUGUUGGAAGAGACUGAGUAACAUGUGUUGUCUAUUCAGUCAUAGCUAUUUUCAAAGACAGUCUAAAGUCUGUCGUAACUUUUUCCUGUUGAAGUGAAUAGCAUUUUCAGACCACUUCACUUUACAGAAGUGUAAAUGGCAGUCUUAUUGUGCAAUAUGGUAUUUGAAGAGUCACUUCAAUUGAUUCUUAAAAUACUAAACUGCACUGUAAAAUCGUCACUUCAAUCACUUCACAGAGUUACAGUUGCCAUAAAUUUCAGCGGGGAGCAGCUGCAACAGAUCGAAACUCCAUUUUACUAAAACUAGGGCCAACUGUAACCUCUAAAAAUAACACUGUCAAUCGUAGAAUGCUAACCUGACGAUAACAACACACUCUUCUUUUCAAUUUAAAGGCAUAUCAUUUAGUAGUGGUAUACAAAGAUCAACCCAUCUACCUCUGGAAACAGACUUAAGACCAACCGGAAAUUCAGAUCUUGGGUUUUUGGUGAAGCCCAUCACAGAGAUGGCUCUCAAAUAUGGCUCUGGAUCUAGGUUCAGAUUCCAGCCUUCAUCCUAGAGUUCAGGGGUGUCCAGAUUAAGGUUUUUGGUUGUCUUAUUAGAUUUGAGAGAAUACUUCAUAAUAGGUAAUCUAUUUGAUGAAUUUCACCUCUUUUGCAGACCACAAAACAUGUUCAACUACAUCAUGAAAUUCUCAUUUUUAUUUAUAGAAAGUGUACCUGGAAGGGUAGAAUAUGUAGAUUAUUAAAAUUCAUUUUAGAACUCAAAUAUUCACAGAAAAUUUUGUCCGCUAUUUACUCAUCUCUAAGGUUGAUAUCUAAUCAUUGGCUCAGAUACUCCAAUCUGACUGAGUUGUGCUUAGCACAAGACUGGUGGAAGGUUGGCAGAAGUGACAUUAAGUUACCCACAUUCUUCCCUAGUUCUGGGACUGACAAGGAAUCAGGCUAGCCCUCACUGCAAUUAGAGCAGACAAGGGAUCAUUUCAGAUAAGAUGCUGUAACCACAUGACCUUGGUCCAGACACGUGACAAGUCUCAUAUGGGAGUGGCAUAAGAUAUGCCAAUUUUAUGGCUUCUUUGCACCAUUGGUGCAAAGCAGCCCUGUGACACAUACAUACCAGAUGGUUGCAUUUACUUGUCAGCAGAGUGAAUUAAAAGAUGUGUCCUUUUUGGAAAGAGCAGAAACAGUGCUGGCCCUCUGCUUGGGUGAAUUUCAACCUUUCUGAUUAUUUGCUAGCACACAGCAUAUCUGGUUUAUACCCACCCUUUUCAUGCUUUCUUCCUUUCUAUUUUGUACCGCCAUUCAAUGGAAAAGUAAUAUUUAUUUAGAGCACAAACAUAUUUUUCAAAACCCAUGAAAGAUUAUCUAGCUAUCAUAAUAAUUGACCAACAGAAUUAUAAUUCCUGACUGUUGCCAUUUAUGCCAGAUCUCAGGCCAGGUAGUUUAAGAAAGAACCUCAUUACUUCUCAUGAUGGAAUAUCAAGACUUAAUGAGAAUGAAUCUUCCUAGUUCUGGCAACCGAAAUCCAAUAUUGCCUAGAAUGAUCUUAUUGGCCAGUUCAAAGAGCAGCCUAGAUGCUUGGCGGCGGAUUUUCAGAGAAAAGUACAUCUGAUGCAUAUGAUAAUACAAGUCCAAUUGGAUUAUUGGAUGGCAAAUUGCUAAUUAUGGUCAUUUCCAUGUGUACUUGUGAUCAUUAGAAAUGGAAAUUAGUGCUAGAAAUGGUACUUUCUAUCUCUGGGACUAGAAAAGAGGAGUACCUUGUAAUAGAAAGGAUGACAGAAGGGUAAAAAAUGAACGACAUAAGUAAACCCAUUAAAAAGAGCAUUAACAUAUCACUGUCUAUCUGAAGAUGUUAAAAUAAAAAUGUUUCCUCUUUUACAGCAUUUGCAUAUCUUUUGCAAUGGAUUUGGUAGCUGCCUUAACUAAGCAAUGAUUGUCUUAAACAGUUUGAAUUGACUACAUGAACCUACUUCACCUGUCAGGAAAGAAAAGCCCCAUCUCAAUUAGGGCUGACAAAUGAUUAAAAAAAAAUCACAAUUAAGUGUGAGAUUAAAAAAUGCUAUUUCUUUUAUCUUUUUCCAGUGCAAAUAUUUGUAAUAAAAAUAUCAAGUGAGCACUAUACACUUUGUAUUCAGU